GCCUCUCCCCGCCCCCACUCUCAGCGGGGUGAGGGGCCCCUUGACUUUCUCCUGGGUUCCCCUUCCCCGCUUCCCUCAGGCCCAACCACUCGCAUCCUGUUGCAGCCGGGCCAGAGAAGGAAGCGGGGUCUGGGGUCCCACGUAACCUGCCAGGAUGUGAAGCAAGGCUUUCCCCGCCCUUAGGCCCCAGCAUAUACAGGUGCAUCCAGAGCUGCGCUCCUAGCCAAGCCUGCGCGCCCUGCUCGCCAUGGCCCGGCUCUGCGCGCUGCUCGCCUGCGCCCUGCUCGCCCUCCCAGGACUCGGGGAGAAGGCGAUAGAAGACGAGGCCUGCUGCGGCCCCAUUGUGCCCCGGAAAGAGUGGAGGGCCCUGCCGUCCGAGUGCGCCCGGGAACUGGCACUGCCCGUGCGCUACGUGGUGGUGUCGCACACGGCGGGCAGCCCCUGCGACACCCCGGCCUCGUGCCUGCAGCAAGCGCAGAACGUGCAGCACUACCACGCGCGGACACAGGGCUAUUGCGACGUGGCCUACAACUUCCUGAUUGGAGAAGACGGGCUCGUGUAUGAGGGCCGGGGCUGGAAGAUCAAGGGUGACCACUCCGGUCCCACCUGGAACCCCAGAGCCAUCGGCAUCACCUUCAUGGGCAACUACAUGGAGCGGUCACCCCCGCCCCGGGCCAUCCGGGCGGCCAAGAGUCUGCUGGCUUGCGGAGUGGCUCAGGGAGCUCUGAUUCCCAACUACGAGGUCAAAGGGCACCGGGAAGUGCAGCAGACGCUCUCUCCAGGCGACCAGCUGUACGAAAUCAUCCAGCAGUGGCCACACUACAAGGAGUGAGGCCCUGACGUCUCCACCCCCCAGUGAGAAACCCCUCCAAUAAAAGUGCACCUCAAACUGC